AUGUGGCUCAUCAGCACCUCCCGGGCAGAGCAUAGUUUUUUUUCUAGACCAGAAGACGUACCGGGUGGAUAUGCUAUCCUCUCUCAUGUCUGGCUGCCGAUGGACUUGGAGGACACGUUUCAGAAGCUUCAAGGCUACAAGGAGCGAUGUCAGGAGAAUGUUUUGAUGAUGAAAUCCUCCACACGCCUCGCCCCUAAGCUCCCGACCAACCCGCGCGACCUUGUGUCGUCCAAGAUUCGGGCUUUCCUUGUUUUUGCGGAAAAGGAUGGAUACGCGUGGGCCUGGGCCGACACAUGCUGCAUCGACAAGACAAGUAGCGCAGAGCUGUCAGAAGCCAUCAACUCCAUGUUCCGGUACUACUCCCUCUCCCACACAUGCUACGUCUAUCUCUCCGACCACGGCGAAUCACGGCGUAACUCCCUUCAUCGCAGUCAAUGGCACGGGCGUGGGUGGACCCUACAAGAGCUCGUAGCACCGAAGGAGGUGGUGUUCCUUUCUCGGUCCUGGAUCCCAUUGGGAACCAAACUCGAUCUUGCCAUGAUGCUGGAAGAAGCAACAGGAAUCCCUGCGCCCGUACUUCGUUUCGAGCGGAGCAUCACCGACAUGAGCGUCGCAGCGCGCAUGUCCUGGGCGUCGAAGCGCAAGACAACCCGGGUCGAAGACGAGGCGUACUGUUUAUUUGGGUUGUUCGGGAUCAACAUGCCGACUCUCUACGGCGAAGGGUCACGGGCUUUCUACCGCCUGCAGGAGGAGAUCAUGAAGACCUCAGUGGAUACCUCUCUUUUUGCCUGGGGCCCCAUUCUGCGAGAGCCUCACCCAUCCUUUGGGGAAGUCGUCCCCCAAAUGGUCUUUACGCAGCCGGAGUUUUUCUUAUUGGCAGACUCCCCCUCUCGCUUCGAAGGUGCAGGCUCCGUCGUGUUCGUUCGCUUCUCAAGCCAUUUUAAGCCAGACGCAAAUGUGAGUGCCAUCGUUACACAUGGUAUUUGGAAUAUCACUUACUUAUCAAAACUUACCAGCAGGAUCGCAGCUAUGCUUACACAACCGCAACGAUCACACCCCAUGGUAUUCGUGUGCAACUGCCCAUCGCUCAUCUCCACGAUCUCUACCACGUCCUCGACCUGUCAUGCGUCCGGCACAAGCAGCCAGUGUAUCUAA